AUGGACCGAGGACUCCUUAAUCGGGCCACUGCAGCAGAUGCCCAGCCAACACCAGGCUACAUGUACCUCGAAAUCGCCAAGAUGACAUAUGCACCCAAUGGAUCGCAUCAGCUGGAGGACUACCUAUGUAAUAAGAUAACCUCCAAAGACGAUGCCAACGUCAAGUUCAAGUGUUUGAGGAUAAUUCGGAAUAUCCUGGACCCCGAUGCACAAGUGCAGGCCAGUAUGGACUUCAGGAAGAGGAUACAACGACGAGCAGAUGUGGUGAAGUCAUGUCGGAUGUACCGAGGGCCUGUCGACCCACUGAGAGGUGAUGCUCCGAGUAAAGCAGUUCGAGAAGAGGCCGAGGCAGCGUUGAAGAUGAUAUUCAAUGAGGCCGCCGCCUCUGUCGGCUCACAGGAGUCUCGGCAAGCUACUGUUCCCUAUUCUGGUCUGCAUGACAGGAUUAAGGGGUUUGGCUCUACUACAGAGGGCGGCCCACCUCCUCCGAAUGCAUGGGGAGGAGCACCACCACCUCCGCAGCAGCAACAGCCAAUACCGUACCCAGGUGGUGUGUAUCCUGGCCCACCAGUGAGUACCGGUCGCAUGCAGGGUUUUGGUAAUCCCGAAUUCAACGAUUACAAUAAUACUCAACCGGGUGACCUCAACUUGGAUGUGACCUAUGAGGUCGAAGCUACUCCGGAGACUAUUGCUGAUUAUCAAGAGGGUGCUGAGGCUCUGGACAGCAAUCCCGAUGUCAACCAGGCGCUCGAGACGAACAUGGCUAGUAACUUGGACUUGGCCGGUGUAGAGGUGUCGAGUGUGACGGUCGAGAGCGAGCCAUUGGUUAUGGUUACAACUACCACUCCAGCGCCGUCAUCUGAUGACAGCAAUACUGGUGCCAUCAUCGGUGGUGUCAUUGGUGGUCUUGUCGGUCUUGCCAUCAUUGGCUUCGUGGCUAUGAAGGUCUUGAAGAAGUAG